AAAAGCAUUGUACAUGUAAGAGCGCGAGUAAAAAGAAUGAAGACUUCUUAUUAGCCAAUCAGGUAAUGACAUUGAAUCAAAGCUGACCGGAUUUUUGGCCCCACAUAAUCGCCUGCGCAAUCACGUGCCAAGCACAUAUAUAUCUAUAUUUAUGUAAGAAAGAAAGCUAGAUAUAUGAAAAGAGAGAAAGAGAGAGGUGGACUGGAGAGAGAGCAAUGAAGCAAGGUAUAGUCUCAGACUCAGAGCCCUCCAAGCUUCAUCAACAAUGGUGUAUAUUGCUCUCCAUCUUUGCCAUGUUUUCUAUAAGCCAUUCUUUCGACUACGGUGAAGCUCUCUCCAAGAGCCUCCUCUACUUCGAAACGCAGCGUUCUGGUCGCCUACCACACAACCAGAGGGUCACUUGGCGUGACAAUUCUGGCCUCACUGAUGGCCUUCAACAAGGGGUGGACUUGGUCGGUGGCUACUACGACGCCGGUGACAACGUGAAGUUUGGUCUGCCAAUGGCCUUUACCAUAACGAUGCUCUCCUGGGGUGUCAUUCAAUACCACAAAGACAUUGUUCACGCCGGAGAGUACCAUCACGCGCUCGAAGCUAUCAAGUGGGGAACCGAUUAUUUCAUCAAAGCUCAUACUCAUCCUAACGUUUUAUGGGCUCAGGUCGGUGAGGGCUCCACCGAUCACUAUUGCUGGCAGAGACCGGAGGACAUGACGACGUCGCGGCGGGCAUACGAAGUCAAUGCCACCAAACCCGGGUCGGAUGUUGCUGGAGAAACAGCUGCGGCAAUGGCGGCAGCAUCCAUCGUGUUCAGGAGAGCGAACCCACAUUACUCUCACCUACUCCUACAUCAUGCAAAACAGUUGUUUGAGUUUGCUGACAAAUAUAGAGGGAAGUACGAUGACAGUAUUGAUGUGGCAAAAGGGUACUACACUUCGGUGAGUGGCUACAAGGAUGAGUUGUUGUGGGCUGCUUUGUGGCUCUACAAAGCCACACACAAUGAGCAUUAUUUGCACUAUACUUUGAAAAAUCAUGAAGAUUUUGGAGGGACAACUUGGGCUAUGCAAGAAUUUAGCUGGGAUGUCAAAUAUUCUGGUCUUCAAAUCCUUGCUUCAAUGUUGAUGAUGGAUGAGAAGCAUAGGAAGCACAAGCAUAUACUAAAACAGUAUCUCUCGAAAGCAGAGCAUUAUAUGUGUGGUUGCCUUGGCAAAAACAAUGUUACCAAUGUGCAACGCACCCCAGCAGGCUUACUCUUCAUCCGCCAAUGGAACAACAUGCAAUACGUUUCAAAUGCUGCAUUUCUACUCACAGUUUACUCUGAUUUUCUUAAAUCCACUAAUCAAAUGCUUGAUUGCCCAAAAGAGUUUGUGGACCCGGAUCGAAUCUUCUCCUUUGCCAAAUCUCAGAUUGAUUACAUCUUAGGCUCUAAUCCAAUGGCUAUGAGCUACUUAGUUGGGUAUGGUUCAAAAUACCCUCAAAGAGUGCACCAUAGAGGAGCAUCUGUUGUUUCAUAUAAGAAAGAUAAGGGAUUUAUUGGGUGUACUCAAGGGUAUGACGGCUGGUAUGGUAGCCGUGAACCUAAUCCUAAUGUGCUUGUUGGGGCCCUUGUGGGUGGACCCGACAGUCAUGAUGGGUUUAGAGAUGAACGGUCAAAUUACAUGCAGACAGAGGCAUGCACUUAUAAUACAGCAACAUUAGUUGGGGUUUUUGCUAAAUUGCAUAGAUCUGAAACAGAUGAUUCUUUCUGCUAGUCCACCUCUAAAUGGCUUUUCUAUUUAGAAGUUGAAAGGAGCUCUCUAUGUCUUUCAUAUGGAUUUGUUAAAUCAAAGUGUAUUAACCCCCAUUGUUUAUCCAUACUUAUACUGAAAGAAUUAGAAACAAAAAUAAAAUAAAUCCCAUUUUUUCGACGCAUAA